AUGCUUCAUGAAAUCCUCUUAUCAUUAUCCGGGCUUCAGUCGCCAAUAUGGAUUCAAGAAAAGCAAUCUGAAGGGGGAGACGAGAACGGCUUCAACCAAUACGUUUCUCCACCAGAACGGGCAAUGCUAGAAACCCUCGCGCAUCUUCACGACUUGCACGUGCGGAUCAAAGGUGCGACCACAAAAUCGUCGACCGGUCACUGGUCUAUGGUUUGCCGUGCUGUGAGUGCUUCUAUAGCAGAUGUCCAUCUGGGCAGGUUCAUGGAUAAGAUCAUACAAGUUGAGUCAGCGAUAUUGAAGAAAGAUGCCGGAUAUGUUGGAGCAUAUGAAAUCGUUCCAUUGAGCACAAUUGUUACCGAGUUCGCACCUUGGACAAGACGGUUGGAAUGGAUCUGGUUCGUGGUACAGCAUCUGGACCCCGAACUGAAGCAUGCCAAAGGUACACACCGACCGUCUAGUGCCAGUAUCCUCGACCUCCUGGAGCACGAAACACACACAGGUUACUCGGAUAUCGAAGACAUGGCUAUUGAUCUCUUGACGGUUGCACAGAGAGCUUGGAUGCGAGCGGUCUCCCUCUGGGUCCUAUACGGCAAGCUACCAACUUCUGGCGCCGAGGAUUUCCUCGUCAAACCAAACCCUCAUCUCUUGUCAACGACAGAUGCUUUCCUGGUUGACCCCUCGUUACAACCAAACUUUGUCAACGCAGGCGCUAGCAACGCUUUACUAAUGAUAGGAAGUGCAUUGAAUCAAUUGAAUUCACAAUCACUUUCUGUUGCCUCCACUUUGCAAGGUUCAAGCAACCCGACAAUACUCCUCCUUCCCAGGCAUUUGGGACUGCUGGAAUCUCUUCGGUAUCCUUUGAAUUCAUCGCUGUUGGAAAACGUCUUGUCGACAAUUAAUCAGAGUAUAUCUGAAAAUGCGUUGUCGCAAAUCCUUCCUCGACCUCUAGUGAUGCAGUUGCUUCAGGUCAUCUUGCGUUAUGUCCUCCUCGAUCAUGGCGAAUUUACGGUCUCGUUAGUGGCACAUGCCGACGAGCGUAUAACGAAUCGCCAGCAAACACAGACAGCUGCUCGCCCGGUGAGGAAUAUUGGCAGACUCGAUGACUUAGCCAUCAAGGAUGCGGAAAUCAACGGCAUUUUGAGCAAAACAAUGGCCGAGCUUGUGGCAUUACGAGGUGAUGAAGAUGGCGAAGACGAUGUUUUUCACUUUGCGAAGAAGAUCCUGUCUCUCAAAACAGUUGAUGUUCAGCAUGGUCAACAGAUGAUCGCGACGUUAUUGCCUACACCAACGCUCCUCUAUAUUACCAUCCCACCAUCUUCACCCUUACACAUAUUCCUGUCUUCUCAAGAUAUUCAGACUUACGCCUUGAUAAAUGCGUAUCUGCUUUCCAUACGCCGGGCAGAUCUUCAUUUAUCUGCACUAUGGAAACUUACGUCACAACGCAGAUGUCAUCCUUCUCCUCUGGGUCCACCGAGAAGCGCUUCAAGAGUAGGGCAAGCAAAACUUGCAGCUCGAAGGUCGAGAGAAGAUAGGAGAGCAAAAAGAACGAGAAGAUAUUGGAUAUGUGCCAGCAAGGCUGUGUUUGUGACCAAUGAGCUUGAAGCAUAUCUCCAAGGCGAGGUGAUUCAGAGCAGCUGGACGCAUUUCCGCAAAUGGAUCGACGGAGGAGAUAAAGGGAUACUGUCUGCAAAGUCAUCCAGACCCUGCACGGCCUCGACGGGAGACCAGAUGAAAAUGACCGAAGUGUCACAUGGUACAUAUGAUGCUUCCGGCUCUGGUGGUCGUUCUCAGCCCAGUGAUCCCAGAACGCUGGCGGAAGCGCAUCGCGCCUAUCUGAGAGCUCUGAAUGCGGCACUUUUUAUCACGAAUGAUGACUGGAUGACCAUGUUGAAGGAUCUCCUCAAUCAAAUCGACCAUUUCAUUGCGCUCUUCUCUCGUCUGCAGACGGUUUGGGAGGGAUUGGACUUGCAAGAAGAUGACGGCGUGGUGGACGCCUUCUCCAACUACGCACAAAACGAAAAGGAAGUCCUGACUGAAAUGGAUCGAACAAGUGACGCCAUUGAAGGGACACUCGUUGGUCUGGUGAAUAAGAUCCGCGACAUGGAAAAGGAGAAACGCACUGGGGUUGGGAUGGACAACGUCGUGCAAAGAUUGAGCGACGUCGAAUUAAACGGAAGCAAAUUUGUCCCAUGGCAGGCGAGAACAGUGGACAGGUUGGUUAUGAAACUUGACAGUCUGGCUGGGAGGCAAGAGGAACGAAUUGGGAUCGAAAUCGCAGAAGGCUACGAUGAUGAGUGA